AUGUCGUCCGUCGAAUCUGCGCCAGCUCCAGCCGCCCCGGCUCCGCCAACUCACGCACCACUUACUCCACACGUAAGUGACGGGAUCUAGUCGACCAGAAACGCAUUAUUUUCGUAUCCAUCGACCCAUUUAUAAGAUUACUUACUUGAAAACCGGCUGCCGAUUGUUUUUCUUUCGUCGGCCGUUUCGCCCGCCAAUUGGCACAAAAAUAAGCUGCAAUUGUGUAAAAAGUGGUCAAAAGAGGGGCGUAAACAUGGAGCCAAAUUGAGUGCCGGAGCAAGGGUCUCUCCAGAGAGCACAAUAGACUUUUUCGGGAAGAGUGACGAGUUGGAGAAGAGGUACAGUAGCAAAAAGGACGGGGCUACGGGAGAAGCCGUCGCCUUCAUUUCCUCACUUUUGGGUCCCCACCGGAAGUCAUUUCAUUCCACUUUAAUCCUUUCGUUUCCUUUUCCUCAAAAAGCUCCCUCCUAAUUUCGUGGCACUCUCUCUCUCUCUCUCUUUCCCUAAGAUGCACUUUUUCUUCCUUUUUCAUUACCCCCUCCCCAUCAUCUCAUCCUUCUUCUUCUUCUUCUUUUUCACAGCCCCCAUUCGCUCCUUCGUGUCUCACCCGUUUUCGGAAUGAAAAAGGCGGCCGGAUGUGGCCCCCAUUGGACGGGAUGACCAGAAACAGAAUGUUUAGGGGAGCAAGGGAGCGAGUGCUCUUUCGGUCCAAUCUAGUUGGUCAAUCAUAGAGACCAGAUGAGUAAUGGGCCGGCGGAAAGUGGGGAAAAAGGAGUUUGGUCAGGUAGAACCGACCGGAAAAGUGAUAGGAAUCAAGUGGUGCGCGCAGGAGGUAAUUGAGGUGCACGGCUUCUCAAAAAGUACAUCGGACCUGGAAGAUCGACAGAAGAGUGCAAAUCCUUCCAAGUAUAGUAGUAGUCCGUAGCCCUUUUCGCUUCGAGACAUUUUGAAAGUGUCACUCCUUCUUCUCACUUUUCGGAGGCGAUUAAAUUGAAACUUUAUCCCAACACGUCAGUUUACUUCUUUGGUCACUGAUCAAAUUCCGGCUAUUUCCGUCCAAUUUCGUCGCCUUCUCCGGCCGGAAAAGGUGCCUCGAAACUUGCCCGUCCGCCGCUCAAGUUCUCAAAACAUUUCCCAGGCGAGUAAUCAGAAGGCGUGAAUCAUCACGUCACGCGGGCGGCGUCGAGGAACGGAAGAAAUGAUCAAUGUGUGUUGGAGUCGCGCGCGCAUCGCUUUCUCGAGGGAAUUUCAGUCAGACAAAGGGAGGAAACCACACAACAUGCACAUAAAAAGUGUUGAAAUUGACGAGAAGCGAAUUCUUGGGCUCGUAAAGCGGCGGCGGCGGCGUGACGAAAUCUGCGGAAGAGCAAAAUGAAUCUCAUUAAAAUUGACUUUCCAUCAUUCCGCCGAACGAUUCAAUUAGGCAAAUGGUGGUGGUGGAGCAAUGAGUCAGAAAAGAGCACGAGAAGAAGAAGAAGAAGAAGAAGAAGAAGUGGAGGAUGGCUCUCGAUUUCGUAACCGAAACCAAUUUGACCGAAUUGGAAACGCUUCUUUUCGGGGGAAGGGAGUCAAGUGGUUGGAUGGAUGGGCAUCCGGUUACAGAAAACGGGCUCCCACGGUGAACUAAGAAUUAAAAAAAAAAGCGCACUUUUUGAGCGUAGAAGUGUAUAUAAACGGGGUUUUGUUACCGAGGUCUCUUGGGACAUACAAACUCUAAAGAAGACUUCAGAAUCAGAAUAGACUCGGAUGACUGCAGAAUGCGAGAAUACAGCAUGACUGGCAAAGUACGUAAAUCCGGGUAGGGUCCAGAAUACUGAAUCAAUGUACAAACAUUCUCAUUUUUCGUUUUCCCGAAUAAACGCGAAAACCACAGUUUUUUUUUUGACAGCGUGGGUUCUAUGAAGCUUUUGGGGUCAAUGCGAGAAACUGAAAAAGUGGCGUCUUUACCAAGUCUCGGUGAAACUGAAUUUCUGGGACCGUCCUCGUUCAUCCCCCAAUCAGUCCCCUAACCGUCAAUUGUUUCCAGAGGCACUGCAACACCCGUGACCGUCUCUUCGGCCAGGAUCUGCCGGCGGUGGCCUCUCCGAAGAGAGUCACUCCGACGUACAAGUCGCAGAUCUUCGACGACGUGCCGCCAUCGCCACAGAGAACUCCAAAGAGAGCGAUUCCGGUCGUUUGUGAGUCAUUUAACUGAUUACACGGUAGUGCUGAAUUCCCCGUUUUUAGCUCGCAACCCGGUGACCGGAGAGAUCAAACAAUUGGCUUCGCAGCAGGAGAUCGCCGCCUGA